ACAUGACUAGUUACUUUACUAUCUAUUUUCAUCCCUACUGUAUAUGGAUAUCUGUCUUAGUCUUCUCGUAUAUGCUAUAGCUGGGUAGGAAUAGGUAGUAAAAUUCCAUCCGUCUCCAUAGCACCCAUCGAGGUAUAAGGUAUCCCCAAGCCGGUCUGACUGGAAUGGUAUGGAUAGACAAGACAGACAGACGAAGGACGACGCCAGUGGCAAAUGGGGAGCCAGCCAGCCAGCCAGCCAGCCAACCGGGCCACACCCCCUCUCUCUCUCCCUCGAUUCCCAGGCAUCCUACCUUACUAUCUUUCUUCCUGCCCUCCCGAGUUCCCCGGGAGAAAAUACAAAGUGAUGAUGUACCUUACCUGGUGGAACAAUACCCUUUCAAGAUAGCCACAACCAAUCAUGAGGAGUGGAUGGGUAUGGCGCGCUGGCUGCUUUUGCCCCGGUACCUACAGGUGUCGAGCUGUGGAUGGCAAACAGCUUGCUUUCCUGGAGCUUCCGAGCUGGUGUGUGUGUAUGCAGAUGCAGCUGCAGCGGCAGUUGCAUUGAUGUGUGGAAUUGUUGUAGCUACCGUGAUGACAACACACACGUGAUCUACAAGACGGGACCGGGAUUUCUCGCUUGCAGACCUGAAACGGGCAAAGCCGGGUGGAGCCGUGCAGGGACGACUAGGAUGAACGCAAUCGAGGUUGAGGAGUGGAAUAUCCCCCCUCCCUCAUCCCUCCCUCCCCCGUCUGCUAGUAGGGGUUGCUGUGUUU